GUCACGAAGUAUUGAGACACGACUUAAUUUAACCCAUAAAGAGUUUGUUUUGUUUGGAAAAGGAUUUCACGUUAAAAAGUUUUGAUAAAGAUCUGAUGUAUUAAAAUUUGAGGGGGAAAAAAAACUUUCCAUAUCUUCAACAUGGCAUCUACAAGCAGGCCAGAUGACUAUCGACGAAAAUGGGACCGAGAUGAAUAUGAAAAACUGGCAAGAGAAAAACUUGAAGAUGAUGAUGACCUGGAUUGGGGAAAAUCUUUUGACAAGCAACCUCCAGUGCGUCGAGAGUUUUUAAAGCCCAGGGAUUAUCGAGUUGAUCUUGAAUCAAAAUUGGGGAAAACAACAGUCAUAACAAAGACGACUCCUGCCUCCCAAACUGGAGGCUACUACUGCAAUGUGUGCGAUUGCGUUGUGAAAGAUUCAAUUAACUUCUUAGAUCACAUCAAUGGAAAGAAACAUCAAAGGAACCUUGGAAUGUCUAUGAGAAUUGAGAGAUCUACUUUGGAUCAAGUCAAGCAGCGUAUGGAGAUGAACAAACGAAAAAGAGAAGAAAAACAGAAAGAGUAUGACUUUGAACAAAGGCUUCAAGAAUUGAAGGAUGAAGAAGAGAAAAUAAAAGAGAACAAACGGGAGAAAAGGAAAGAGAAGAAAAGAAAAGCUGCAGAAUCUCAAGAUAAAGAUCUCGAUCCCGAUAUGGCUGCAAUCAUGGGCUUCUCUGGAUUUUGUUCAUCAAAGAAGUAAUGCAUUAAACAUGAGUCCUGAUUCAGCAAGUAUCUGAACAUUUUAUCAUACUUGUAAAUACUUUUUAAUGUCUAUGAAUAAAAUAUUUCUUUAUCGGUU